AACACGGUUUUAGAGUUGGCAACCCCGGACCGCGACGCGACGCCAUCUUUUAUUUAUUCUAUCGUGGUGCGCGUCCUUCUGUGAGUUAGCUGACGGAAAUAUGGUUCAGGGUUGUUUUUGCCCAUGCCCCAUCAUCUGCCGCGAUCCUGGACAAGUUGGCGAUCAACAACAGGAUCCGGCCUGCGUGCAAUGGCCAGUGAAGUCUAUCCCAGUGCCUGUAUUAUUAUCAAGUCAUCACGCUGUCGUCGUCGGACUCGUCGGUUACAAAUGACGCGGCAGAUCUCUCUUAAGCUUAGAAAGAUGGUUGUGGCGCAGUGCUCUGCUACUUCGUGCCACAGGCCAUUCUCCAACUGCAGAUCUACGUGUCAGCGCGACAGUGCACUCACUCACCUUGUUUGGCCCGGUGGAAUUUGGUAUGUCACUUGAGGCGAGGAGGACUUGAGAAGGUGCGUCUGCGAACGGCCUUAGUGACGCCUCUUCAGCGCGACGGGUGGUCUCCUCAAAUAUGAGAAGGAGCUCGGGUCCUGCGGGCUCUUAACC